AUAGAAUAGAAUAAAAUAGAAUAGAAUAGAAUGUUAUUUGUAGCAUGACUCGUGCUGCAUGGUGCAUGUGCAUGCCACUGUUCUUCCAUUAGCAGUUCUUUGCAUGCUGCUGUUUGAUGUCUCUGGUUCUGAGCAUGCAGGCGAUAAUGAACGAGUGUUUCACACUAAUGCAGAUGACUAACUGUGGGCCUCUAACUCCUAAUCUUCCACCCUAUUUCUCUCGCCUGCUGUCAAGUUCUUGCAAUGUAUGAAAAUGUUCUUAAGUGCCCUACGCCUGGCUGCACGGGCCGGGGUCACGUCAACAGCAACAGGAACUCUCACAGGAGCCUGUCAGGCUGUCCAAUAGCGGCUGCAGAGAAACUGGCCAAAGCCCAUGAGAAACAUCAGUCAUGUGAUGGAGGCAAAUCCAACCAGGCUUCAGAUCGUGUGCUCAGGCCCAUGUGCUUCGUCAAACAGUUGGAGAUUCCACAGUACGGCUAUAAAAACAAUGUGCCCACUUCAACCCCACGAUCCAACCUGGCCAAAGAGUUAGAGAAAUACUCCAAAACCAACUUUGACUACAACAGCUACGACAACACCAACAUCUACAACAAACGGCACACUGCUGCACCCAAAGUCCACAGUCGGGACACACUGCCCAAAAGCGAUGAAGUGAAGCGCUACUGCAAGAGCUCCAGUUCGGCGAGCAGCACCACCAGCAGCUACGGGCCCAGCAGCAGCAGCAUGAGCUGUGGAGGAGGAGGAGGAGCGAGCAGCGCCAGCAGCACCUGCAGCAAGAGCAGCUUCGACUACACACACGACAUGGAGGCAGCGCACAUGGCUGCUACCGCCAUCCUCAACCUCUCCACCCGCUGCAGAGAGAUGCCACAGAGCCUGAGCGGGAAACCCCUGGAGAUCUGCACGCAGUCUGAUGAUCUGGAUCCCUUCCAGGACAUUUUAGAGGACAGCGCGUACACUACUGAUGUCGGCAUUCCCAGUCCCAAACCAAAAUUCCCGCCUUGCAAAGAAAGCAAAAAGGACCUGAUAACAUGUCCAACACCAGGGUGUGAUGGGAGUGGUCACGUAACCGGUAAUUACGCCUCACAUAGAAGUCUUUCAGGUUGUCCUUUAGCAGAUAAAAGCAUUCGGAGUAUGAUGGCCACCAACUCACAAGAACUCAAGUGCCCGACCCCGGGCUGUGACGGCUCGGGACAUAUCACUGGCAACUACGCUUCACACAGAAGUUUGUCAGGAUGUCCACGGGCUCGGAAGACUGGAAUAAAGAUAACACACAGUAAAGAGGACAAGGAAGACCAGGAGCCGAUCAGGUGUCCGGUUCCUGGCUGUGACGGUCAGGGUCACAUAACGGGCAAAUAUGCGUCACACCGCAGCGCGUCCGGCUGUCCUCUAGCGGCCAAACGACAGAAGGACGGCUUUAUCAGUGGCCCCCAGUUCACGUGGAAGGCUGGGAAGACGGAUGGCAUGUCGUGUCCCACCCCAGGCUGUGACGGCUCUGGACACGUCAGCGGCAGUUUCCUGACCCACAGAAGUCUCUCUGGUUGCCCACGUGCCACAGCAGCAAUGAAGAAAGCCAGACUAUCAGGGGUGGAGAUGCUCACAAUAAAACAGCAAACAAGCAAUGGAUUAGACUGUGACACAGAUGUUAAACAGCUGGAGGAAGAUAUUAAAGAUUUACAUGAAUCAAAUUCACAGGUGGAGGCGGAUAUGAUCAAACUUAGAACACAGAUUACCACAAUGGAGUCUAAUCUGCAGUCCUUAGAGGAAGAAAACAAGGUGAUUGAACAGCAAAAUGAAUCUCUCCUGCAUGAGCUGGCCAGCCUCAGCCAUUCACUGAUAAACAGUUUAGCUAAUAUCCAGCUACCUCAUAUGAAAUCACUUCACAAAGAGCCUCCAGUCAGACAUAACAGCUGUUUACAUCAGAGAGAGCCGAUGAGCGAACAGAACUUUGAUGCAUACGUGACCACGCUAACGGACAUUUACACGAAUCAAGAUCACUAUCAGAGUCCAGAGAACAAGGCCCUGCUAGAAAAUAUAAAACAAGCGGUACAAGGCAUUCAAGUCUAGCAUCUCAGAACGUUCCUAAAACGAAGGAAUACUGAGGAAAGAAGACACUUCCAGAAAAAAAAAUUAUAAUACUCAUAUGGGAUGCCUCAUGCUUUGCUGUUGUAGUUUAUCAAACAGUGUUAAAUUCAUGUUCUUUUAAAAAGUGUUAUGCUGACUAAACAUGAUUUUUCUUUGGGUUUAUUUUUCUGGUCUUGCUUUAAAAAAAAUAAUAAUAAUGAUCAGCAAAAUAGUUUUUGAAAGUAUUCACAUUUUGUACGUUUUCAUAUUGGCUGAUGAAAUGUGACUCAUUCUUCUGGCUGCUCAUUGAUGCUCCUUUUUAGUGUAUAUUUUGAAACAGUUAUGCACCCACUACUGAACAUUAGUUGACGCUUGCUGAAAGAGUGACACGAACUGGAAAAAGGUAGCCACUGAACAUUUCUGCUCAUCUUAAAGGUGUUUUGUGUCGUUUAUGAAAUGGCAAGAGUUUCUUUUUAUCAUUAAAAGUAUAUUUCACCCAAAAUUUUCAAUUUGCUGAAAAUAUACACACCCUCAGGCCAUCCAAAAUGUACAUGAAUUUGUUUCUUCACCAGAUUUAGAGAAAUGUA